CCGGGUUCACCCAUGGGGAAGACCCUCCCAAGAAGCAGUGUAGCCAAUCCGCUUGAUGGAGUAAUGUGAGACAGAAGACGGGCUGGAUGGCUGGACCAUGGCGCGCAGUCCUGGUUCUUACAUGCCCUACUAUAACGAGGGUUAUCCGUCAUCUUCAUUGUUGCUAAGACCUUGGAUCCAAUCUAUCGCAUCGGACCCUUGUCAUGGAAAAGAAAAAAUGAGAAAAACAAGGGGGGUGGGGAAAGCCGAUCUAAUUCUCGAUUGGCAUCCUGGUUAUACCGAUGGUCGUAUAUCGUCGUCAACUCACUUAUGCUUCGGAUAAUUCUCGUCGAAGAAUAGGAACGGAUGUCCGAUUGCUUCCUUGCCGCUGUCUUGACCACUGAUGUCGGGUCCUUAAUGCCCUGCCUGCCGUCUCCUCCUCAUCCUCGUGGGACUGACAGACUGCUGAGCUUAUCUUGCGCUCUCACGAUUGGGCGCUCAUCCUCUUACCUUAUUAUUCAUCUUUAAAUCGGACUAUUCAAUAGCGGCAUUCCAGACUGCAGUGAGGCGCCGUCUUGGAAGGCCUCUCUGCCUUGCCUGUCCAGAACAUCCAUAUAAUAAUCAUAUCGAACCCUCUUCCCCCCGUUUCACUUCCUGUCAUUCAAUUAUCUCCUCCCUUGUCUUGCUCCAACCGGCCUUCUGUACCUGUAGCAUGCCACCGGUUGCAUCGCCUCCCUUGGUCCCGAUGUCGUCGAGCUACAGUUAUUUCUCUGGAACGUCAGGCAGUGGCUCCUAUACAACUUCCCUCGGCAGUGAAUCGGAUUCUUGGUCUCGCCAUAGUGGCCCCAUACCCCAACACCCCCAAGUCUACACGAAUUCCGGCGAUGCUUCUGUGGCCUAUAACCCAAGCUCAAAGAGAUUAUCCCCUCCACAUCGUGACUGUGGUCCUAUAGACACUUCGAUUGCCGCAUCGAGGCCUGCGAAGCAAGUCUCACCCGACUUUGAAUUCCCAACUCCGUACAAUGGCCUCCCGAUGACGUCGCAUGCGCCGGGCAAUAUAUCCAUCACUCCCGCCGGUCCUUUUUCACGUCCCCCUUCUCUCUACCGAGAAUGGAAGCACCCGGCUUGCCUCCCGCCAGAGGCUCUCCAGCGAGAGACCGAACUGGUCAGACCGGUGGAGAAUGCGGAUUAUUUGGUAGAGCGACCCAGUCGGCGGACCGCUUCUAAGGGCAGUGCGCGAUACCACUCGCAAAGACGCCCGUCGAACCGGGAUGAAUUUGAUGGCCCCCAUCAGUACCUAGAGAUGCCGUCUCAGCGCAUGAUAUUGGCGCAGGCAAGGGAUCUGCCUCAUCUUCCUACUAAUCUUGAUAUCUCAGAGCAAGAUCAAAUUUUAUCGACAGUGAAUGACCGCCUGUCGCAAUGCGCAUUUGACUUUGUCGCGAAGUAUCGGUUUCCGAUUCCACUGGAACCGGACAAGAGACAGGUGAGAGUUCCCUCAGAUCGUGAGUGGACUGAAUGGGUAUAUCUCUUGAAAAGGCUGGCCACCAAGCGCCGCAUCCCUGCCAGGGUCUUGUAUAACGGCCAGAUCAAGCAACUCGUCACCGUGCUGGAGAACUCCCUGGAGAUGAGGCAUGCUGCCAAACAUCAGUCCAGACCCAUCAAGGAUGAUCGGAAUGUGCUGCAGUUGAUUUCCGCUGGCACCCAGGUGGCCAAGAUCCUGAAGGAUGCCAAUACCAUGGACUCCCUUGAUCGUCUCUAUGUUGAAACCGAGAAGCGCAUCCAGGACCGACGUAACCGCCGUGUGAAAUUUGCCAGCCCUUGAGCAAAUGUUGGUCUCCACCCAGUCUCCGCGUUUUUGUGCC